UCUCCAUCUCUCCACACCACUUUCUCUCUCUAUUUAUGCCACAAAAUCAUUCAUUUAUGUACUAGCUACAACUAUAAAUAGAGAUGCUGCAUCAGUACUCUGAAUACUCUGUGAAAAAGCCAGUCGUGGUGUUCUGAUUCUUUAAAGCGGUUCAGCUCAGAAAAGGAAUUGGAACAACUUGCGAACCAAAAUCUUCCAAAAAAACACACAAGUUCUUUUCUUUCUUUCUUUCUUUCUUUCGAAAAGAAAAAAAAAAAAAGAAUCCUUAAUCAGCGUAUAUCUAGGUGAAAAUGACAUGGGUUUUGAUUGGUAUAGUUGUGUCAGUGUUCUGUUUGUAUAAGGUGAUGAGAAAAAAUAAGGAAGAGAGAGAGAAGAAAAAUUGGAUUCCUAGAGGAAGUUCAGGCUGGCCUCUUCUUGGCGAAACUCUCGACUUCAUAGCUUGUGGUUACUCUUCUCGCCCUGUCAGCUUCAUGGAGAAACGGGCGGCCCUGUACGGGAAGGUGUUCAGAACACAUAUCUUGGGCAAAGCCAUAAUCGUGUCAACAGACCCCGAGGUGAACAAGGUUGUUCUGCAGAAUCAAGGGAACGCUUUCAUUCCUCAUUAUCCAAAAUCCAUCUCCGAACUGCUGGGCAAGUAUUCGAUAUUGCACAUUAAUGGACCUCUGCAGAAAAGGUUGCAUGCGCUCAUCGGAGGCUUCCUGAGGUCACCCCAGUUCAAGGCUCAAAUCACUCGAGACAUAGAAGAAUCCGUUCGACAUGUCUUCUCAUCCUGGAUGGAAAAACAAGACCGACGAAUUUACCUCCAAGAAGAAAGCAGGAAGAUUGCAUUUGAAGUCAUGGUAAAAACUUUGAUGAGCGUCGGCCGGGGUGAAGAUUUGAAUUUGUUGAGAAGGGAAUUUGAAGAAUACUGCAAAGGCUUGAUUUCUUUGCCCAUUAAACUUCCUGGAACGAGGUUGUACAAAUCUUUGAAGGCUAAAGAAAGGAUGUUGAAGGUGGUGAGAAGCAUAAUACAGCAAAGAAAGAUGGCUGCUUUGGAAGAAAAACAAGGAACGAAUGGGUUGCUGAAUGACGUAAUUGAUGUAUUAUUGCGCGACGCAUUUGAAUCAUCAUCAGCAGCAGAGGAGGCUCAGCCACGGCUGCCGUUGGAUUCGAUAGGUGAGAACCUCAUAGAGUUGAUGAUCCCCGGUGAAGAGACUGUUCCGACGGCUCUGACGCUAGCAGUCAAGUUCUUAAGUGACAGCCCCGUCGUGCUAGCCCGAUUGCUGGAGGAGAACAUGGAACUGAAGCGGCAAAAGGCUAAGUCGGGUGAUGAAUAUUAUUGGACUGAUUAUGUCUCGCUCCCAUUUACCCAGAAUGUCAUCAGUGAAACUCUGCGAAUGGGCAAUAUCGUGAAUGCAGUUUGGAGGGAAGCAGUAAAAGACGUGAAAAUUAAAGGCCACUUGAUACCAAGAGGAUGGUGUGUCUUGACAUCCUUCAGUUCACUUCACAUGGACGAAGCAAACUAUGAAAACCCCUAUGAAUUUAAUCCCUGCAGAUGGGAGAAAACAGGAGCUUCGGUUAACAGCAACACAUUUACACCAUUUGGUGGUGGCCAGAGGCUGUGUCCCGGUUUAGAACUGUCGAGGCUCGAAAUUGCUAUUUUCCUUCAUCAUCUUGUUACAACAUACAGAUGGGUGGCCGAAGAUGAUGACAUUACCUAUUUUCCAUUCGUCAGACUGAAACGGAAGCUGCCGAUCACCAUCACACCCCUAGUAAGAGGAUAAUGAAAAGAAAAAAAAAAAAGAGGGUUGGAUAACCAUAAACCUAAGGCAAGGGUCAUCCCCCACAACCAUAGGUCUUACAAGAUGAGCCCAUAUCAAUUAUUACUACCUGUAGCACAUCUCCCCGAGAUUUUAAGCGUUUUAAUCAAUCUAAAUUUUAGUGCAAUCCUAGAGCGUUCUUUCAUUGGAGUAAUGAUAUUUAUCUUUGUGACUUGUAAGACAAAUGGCAUAUGACUUCUCUAUUGUAAGUACAUAUCAUUGAGUUUGUUCCGGGGUCA